AGCGCGCGCGGCGGUGGGCGGGGGGGCUGCCCCGGGGCGGCGGUCCCCCCUCCCCUCCCCCCCACGUCGAGGCGCGGCGGGUGGCGGCGGCGGCGGGAGCGGCGGCGGGAGCGCGUCCCGUCCGGGUCCUAAGGAGCCGCCGCCGCCGCCGCCGCCGCCACCGCUCGCCAACAUGGCGGACCUGGAGGCCGUGCUGGCCGAUGUCAGCUACCUGAUGGCGAUGGAGAAGAGCAAGGCGACCCCGGCCGCCCGCGCCAGCAAGAAGAUCGUUCUGCCCGAGCCCAGUAUCCGGAGUGUGAUGCAGAAGUACCUCGAGGAGAGACAUGAAAUCACCUUUGACAAGAUUUUUAAUCAGAAAAUUGGUUUCUUGCUAUUUAAAGAUUUUUGUUUGAAUGAAAUUAAUGAAGCUGUACCUCAGGUGAAGUUUUAUGAAGAGAUAAAAGAAUAUGAAAAGCUGGAGAGUGAGGAAGAUCGGCUUUGUAGAAGUCGACAGAUUUAUGAUACUUACAUCAUGAAGGAGCUGCUGUCUUGUUCACAUCCAUUCUCAAAGCAAGCUGUAGAACACGUACAGAGUCAUCUAUCCAAGAAACAAGUCACAUCAACUCUUUUUCAGCCAUAUAUAGAAGAAAUUUGUGAAAGUCUUCGAGGCAGCAUUUUUCAAAAAUUCAUGGAAAGUGACAAGUUCACUAGAUUUUGUCAGUGGAAAAACGUGGAAUUAAAUAUCCAUUUGACCAUGAAUGAUUUCAGCGUGCACCGGAUUAUUGGGCGAGGAGGAUUUGGUGAAGUAUACGGUUGCAGGAAAGCAGACACUGGGAAAAUGUAUGCAAUGAAAUGCUUGGAUAAGAAGAGGAUUAAAAUGAAACAAGGAGAAACCUUAGCCUUAAACGAAAGGAUCAUGUUGUCCCUGGUGAGCACAGGAGAUUGUCCUUUCAUUGUCUGUAUGACCUAUGCCUUCCAUACUCCAGAUAAACUCUGCUUCAUCUUGGAUCUGAUGAAUGGGGGUGAUUUGCACUAUCACCUUUCACAGCACGGGGUGUUUUCUGAGAAGGAGAUGCGUUUUUACGCCACAGAAAUCAUCCUGGGGCUGGAACACAUGCACAAUCGGUUUGUCGUUUACAGAGAUUUGAAGCCCGCAAAUAUCCUCUUGGAUGAACACGGACACGUGAGGAUAUCAGACCUUGGUCUUGCCUGCGAUUUUUCCAGAAAGAAGCCGCACGCGAGUGUUGGCACCCACGGGUACAUGGCUCCUGAGGUUCUGCAGAAGGGGACCGCGUACGACAGCAGUGCCGACUGGUUCUCCCUGGGUUGUAUGCUUUUCAAACUCCUGAGAGGUCACAGCCCUUUCAGACAACAUAAAACCAAAGAUAAGCAUGAGAUUGACCGAAUGACACUCACCAUGAAUGUGGAGCUUCCAGACGUCUUCUCCCCGGAGCUGAAGUCCCUUCUGGAAGGCUUGCUCCAGCGGGACGUUCGUAAGCGACUCGGCUGCCACGGAGGCGGCGCACAGGAACUAAAGACGCAUGACUUCUUCAGAGGCAUCGACUGGCAGCACGUUUACCUACAGAAGUACCCCCCACCCUUGAUCCCUCCCCGGGGGGAAGUCAAUGCAGCUGACGCCUUUGACAUCGGCUCAUUUGAUGAAGAGGAUACCAAAGGCAUCAAGCUUCUUGAUUGCGACCAAGAACUCUACAAGAACUUCCCCUUGGUGAUCUCUGAGCGCUGGCAGCAGGAAGUGGCGGAAACAGUUUAUGAAGCAGUAAAUGCAGACACGGAUAAAAUCGAGGCCAGGAAGAGGGCUAAAAAUAAGCAGCUUGGCCAUGAAGAAGAUUACGCCCUGGGAAGAGACUGCAUCAUACACGGGUACAUGCUGAAGCUGGGGAACCCCUUCCUGACUCAGUGGCAGCGUCGAUAUUUUUACCUCUUUCCAAACAGACUUGAAUGGAGAGGAGAGGGCGAGUCACGACAAAAUUUACUGACGAUGGAACAGAUUGUGUCUGUGGAAGAAACUCAGAUUAAAGACAAAAAGUGCAUUUUGUUGAGGAUAAAAGGAGGGAAGCAAUUUGUCCUGCAGUGUGAGAGCGACCCAGAGUUUGUGCAGUGGAAGAAAGAGCUGACGGAGACGUUCACGGAGGCCCAGCGGCUGUUACGUCGCGCCCCCAAGUUCCUCAACAAAUCCCGUUCGGCUGUUGUGGAGCUCUCGAAGCCACCCCUCUGCCACAGGAAUAGCAACGGCCUCUGACCCCCGGCUCAGGGAGGGUCCCGGGAGACGGCACCUCCUCCGGAAGGUCCACGUGGGCUGCUUGGCCCUCGAAGCGGAGCCUUUGGGAGACGUGUGAGGAUGGAAGAUGGAGUCGCUCACCUCCAGCGUGCUGCGUGGCUGGGGGCGCCCAGGAUUCCCAGAUGCUGCUGCUGCGAGCGGUGACCAUCCUCAGGCUUGGGGGCGCCUCCUCUCCCACGGAGGGCCUCCCGCCACGAUUGCAUCUGUCCACCCCCGAAACUACUGAAGAAGCAGAGCUCUCUUUCUUUGCCACACACUUCUUUUGGUUAUAGAUGAACCAGAACUUGAAAAGAUUCCUACUGAUGACAUCGCUUUUUACAUCCAAUAUCAAACAUAUCUCAGACUUGCCAAGAUGGGAUCAGACAGUCUGCCGAUCAGAUCACCCCAGCGUUGCCAUGUUCUGUCCAUAAACAGCCACAGCUGGGUUGAGAUGUCUUUGCUCCGUACAGCUGGGGGGUGGGGUAGAGGGUGGCAGACCACCUGAGGGUAUCUCUGUGCCCUUGAGAACCAGCCUCUUAUGGUCCGGGGGUGGAAAGCUGCAGCGAUUUUCUGAAAGGGCUGCAUCUGGGCCUUCCCCGUGAUGCUGCACCCAUGGGUACCGGCCUGCCUCCGACAGGGAGCUCAGGCAGCUGGGGACCGAGGGUGCCUGCCCUCUGAGGGUGUAGGAGCUGCUCAGCAUCAAGGGCAUCAGACGGUAGGUCAUUGGACAGUCCACAGUGGUUCUGCAGGAGAGAGGCAGUGGCGUUUUACAUCUCAAGGCAACAGUGAUUUUCAAAAACCUUCACGUCAACAGCACUUUCCCAUGUCUGGGUGCACGGGAAUGCCUGGGGGUGCACCCUUCUCGGGUUUGGACAGAGAGUGGCCAUGUGACACAGCCACUCUGAUUCUCUCUGACUCACCUCAGGAAGCAUCUCGGUAACGAAUGUGUCAAGGAAGGAAACUCUGUUUUACACCUUAGUAUAAUUUAAAAUGAAUUUUAUUGAAAAAAGGAAUGCUGAAGACGAAUGUGUCGAAAUGGGUUAACUGUAUAUUGACUCGUAUUGUCGUUCAACUGUCAUUAGCGGAUAAUUCUCUGCCUGGGCGGGCUGCUCUGGGACAGCGACAGCCUCAUCCCCUUGGCCUCCUCUCCCCAUGGUCUGUUUCAUGCCCCUAAUAAGUGCUGGGUUUAUAAGAACUGGUGUGUUUCCCAGCGAAGUCCUCCAUGUCAUCAGACUAAAAAUAGUAACAGUAAUUUUCAAAGUCCACAUAUUUGUCCUGUUCUUAGUGCAAUUUUAUUGUCUGUUUCUAAGUUCGACUACUAACAAUAUAAAUAACUUGACAUCGUAAUUAUCUGCAUCCUGUCCUCGAUAUUUUUAGUGGUUCCAAAUCUUUGUGUUUACAUCUGUGUGCCGCACUCACUGGGAAAGUAAGUCCUUUUUAUGAAACGAUAUCUUGAGAGUUUGGAAGAUAGCUACCGAAAGAGCCUUUUAUUUUAUAGGAGUUAUCUUGGAAAAGAAGCUGUGACGUUCACUGUUUCUCUCAACUACUAGUCGGAAUGUAACAUACAUGUUCUGUCUGCUGUUUCCAGUAUGAAAGUUGCAGGCUGCUAUUUACAUGGACUUCCCUGAUUUAGAAGGGAAGAAUAGUAUUCAAAUUCUGGUUUCAAAAAAAAAAAAAGAGUUAAAAUAACAAAAACCACGAGAGACAGAAAAGCAGUUCGUGAGGAGUGAGCGUCUUUCCAGGCGUGGUUGAUGCUUGCUGUCUGCCGUGGUUACCGGCUCCAUCACAAGCUCACUUGUGUUCGGCGCUUAUGGUUCAGAGACGGGUAAUCACAGUUUAGAAAUUGCUGAGCCUCACGCGGCUGCUGGACAGAGUAGAGGUGUAGCCUCACGUGGAGGAGGUGCACGAAUUCCUUGAGGGCCUGGGCUUAGCGUCUCACAUUCCGUACCCCGGGCACCAGCUACGCCGAUUUGCAUCACUGAAAAAUAUCAGUAACCUCUGGAGUAGAACACAAGGUUAUCUUUCCUUUGGAAAAGAAAAAUGAAUUGGAAAUACUCCAAGAGCCCUUUUGCCUCAAAUGUAUUCCAGGUGAACUUUUACACCCCCUCGAGUAUGAUGGAUGACGGCAGGGCUGAGAAGUACAUUACUUGGAUGUGAUUUAUUAAAAGUGCUCUGGGAGGUUAGGAUGAGCAGCUUUUUAGGGGGUCUCGGGUUGUGUUGGGGCCCAGGUCGGCAGCCCCAGAGAGGCCAGUCUUCCUCCUGAACUUGUGCCUCCAGCCCUUCUGCUGGGGUAAGUGUUUCUGCUACCAGACAGAAGACACUUCUGCGACCCUUCUGUCCCAGUGCCUGGUGCCCACGUGGCCAAAGAAGUCGGUUGGUUUAGAAGUCUUGGUAUAUGUGGCUGUUUUAGGUCUUAAUGUUUGACCGUACCUUCGUUUGGAGGGUUUAAAAGGAUAAAAUUGAGCGCAAGUGUUAUUAUCUUAGAUUUAUAUGGUUGGGCUAUUUUCACAUUGUCAGAGAAAAUCAUCGAAGUUGAUAUUUUUAUAAAAUUAUGUUAGUAAUGUCUUGAUUUCAUAAUUCAAAGGAAUCGCUAUAGGAAAGCCUAAAAAUAAGAGAUUAAGCUGCUCUACAGCAUAUAUGGAAUGAAUUAAAAACUUUUGGGAAUCCAAGGUUAUUUUUUUUUAACCUAAAACAUUCUCUUUGGUGCAUCUAUCCCCUUAUGUCAUUGGGGCUCACGGUUUUUCCUUCUCUAUCAUGUUUAAGUAUGAAUUUUCAGCGGAACUGCUAGAAAUCAGCUGUUGUUUCACAGCUAAUAUGAAUGUCUCACUUCUUGUGCCUCUGAUUGGUCAGUUCACGGACAUGGCAAUUUCAAAUUCUGUAUGUAAGGAGAAGGGGUAAAUGUCAAGGCUUGCUGAAGAAAGGAAGCCUUCUGCUCAAGAAAGAAAGCAACAAAGCUGGAGAAGUAAAUAAAUAGAGCAACAGCCACAAACAACGAUCUGUUUAAAGCAAGAGUUAGCUUUGAUCUGCGGUUUGAAAUACACUGUACAGAUACUAAAAACAAUUGUUUGAAGGCCCCCACUGGCCAGUAAAGAAAAUCAUUGACCGGCUGACAGUGUGGUUUAACUCUCAAGAGGAUCAGAGUGUGUUUCUUUUCUGAUGACUUUUUUAAUUUCACUCAGAACUUAUAGUUGGGCCAAUCCAAUCCAAUUGUUUGACUUUUCAGUGGAACUGAUUUUUCUGAGGUUUUGAAAUUUUAACCUAUCCAGAAGAAAAGAAAAUUCUCAAGGUUGGACUUUUUUCGCUUGAUGUGAAUCUGUUAAAAAUUUUGCAAUGUGCUGGUGUAAGAUAACUUAUCUCGUAUGAUUUUGUUGUAUGUAAAUUGUCUCAGUUACAUUCAGGGAAGCAUAUCUGUGUCAUUCAGAGAUGCUUGGGAAAUGAACUCCUCCCCUCCCAGAGUCGGAUGCCUUCGUAUCCAGAGAGGAGUCGGGCUUCAUUCGGAUCUGUGACAGAUGCUGGGAGGUGGGUGGGGUGGGUGUCACAGAAGGCAGAAUCCUGGUAGAAAUGGGGCAGAGGAAGAAGAGAGUUAAUUUGCUAGUAAAAGCCAAUCUCUUUACACCGUAAAGCACCAGGGAAAUUACAGUUAAACUUGGUGCUGGGGGGUUGUUUUCCCCUUAUUACAAGAGGAGGUGAAUAGUAACCGUUGUAAGACUCCGUUGCUUUAUUUUUGAAUAUGGGAGCUGCUGGACUUAGAAGAGGCUGUUUGCUUUCCACCAGGACUUUCUGUAGAAAUGAGGUUGCCCCUGCCUGACAUCCGUCACCCUUGGGGAAAGCGCACGGGGCCAGGAGCUGAUGCCCCAUCUUGGCGUGUGCACCUUGCAGCCGGCCAGGGGGCCAGAGGAGGGGUGUGGGCGCCGUCCGUGCCGUGCCCCGUUGGCCGGGUGGGGACACUGCUGCACAGCCACUGACGUUAACCCCAAUUCCCCUACGGGACUGGGCUUGCUGCUUGAGCCAGGAAGAGUGAGCUUUCAUAGUUUAACUUUUCAAAACAUUUUUUUCUUCCUAAAGAUGGAACAUGAUUUUCCUUCCCAUAUCGGGUUAACUUGAGAAGCUUCAGUUCAUUAAUCACUUACAUUCACGUUAAUGUGAAUUUUUUGUAUCCAGGCCACGUUUUUAAAAGUUUACUGUAGAAUGAAUGAAAGUUGAACUCUAACAUGCUGCUUCUUUGUUUCCGUGAGUCAUCAUGACGUUUAGAUUUCCUUCACCCGCAAAGCCUGAGAGAGCUGUUCUUUGACGACAGAGUAACAGAGAUGCCCAACUCUGGCCACGUCCAAAGGCCUGGGGGCAUGAGUGACCGGCCACUUCUCUGGCCUGGCUGGGUUAGCGCUUACUGAUAAAUGUGGCACCCCAAAGUUUGAAUUGCCUUUAUUUAAAAACACAGGCGCACACUAGGAAAGUGGAUUAACAGUAUACGCAUUCCAUAAAAACCACAUAGGAAAAACCUGCGUUUUAGAGUUAACUCACGUUCUUAUAGUAAACAGUCUUAUACCUAACAGAUCUCAAAAUCAUCUCUGAAAAACUGGUAACUAUGCUUCCAUUUUUCAUUUUGUCCUAAUAUAAACUGUCUCGUGUGUAAGGGUAGGGAAUGGAGAAAUAUUUCUAAUCGUGUAUUCAUAUUCCAAAGGACUUGAAAUUCAACUUCUUGUUUCUAAGUUGAUUACAUGUGGUUUAUAAGCUAAGCACUGGCCAUUUCUUUCAGUUCUGUUGUUAAAUUGUAUUUUUCUAUGAUUUAACUAAUAAUAAUAGAUUUGGCUUUUUGCUGGGUAACAUAAAGAUUGCCAAACUACAUAUAUAUAUAUAUAUAAACAAGAGUUCUAUUUUAGCACAAAAGCAUUUUAUAUUAUUUAUUAAAUCCUUCAGCUUGUUCUCAUCAAAAACAUUCCUUAGCACUUCUGCUCCUUUUUGUUUGUAUAGUUUGUUAUUUAAGGAAAUGCAGCUCUUUCUGUUUUGUUUUGUUUUCCCUGCAAAAUAAAAUUGAAACAAAGCAUAUAGCAACGUAGGGGGGACAUCCCUUCUCAUGGCCGUGGCCUGUUUUCAAUAAUAGCUUAACCCUCUGCUCUGUGCUGAGAGGCAGUGAACUUCUUGGGGUAACAUCUGACAGUGAACUUGCAGUGAAAUACUGCUGUCGUCUACCUCUUCUGAAGGCCCCCUGCUUGUUGACAGGUUCCCAGAACGCUUGACUCCAGGCUGGCUCCAUUAUAAAAGAAUUUCAGGAAAGCACAUUGGCAUCCCUCCCUCACCAUGUAGAUUUCACAGCGUUGUGUAGGGGCCCCAGCAAGCGGGGCAGGUGUGUAUCAUCGCUUCUGUACAGUCAGCCUUCAGGAGCUGAAGUUCACCUGCAGAGCAUCACUUCUGACUCCUGUUGUGCCAAAUCCCCCCGGUCAGUGUGGCCAUCGCCUCAAGAUUUGACUGUUGCACCCGAUUCAUCAGCUACUAGAUGGAAGCUUCUUCCUCCACAUUCUUUAGAAACGGCCCCACCGGCUUUAAAAACAGCACUUCCGGCAGCGGCACAUUCGAACGUGACUCUUCCCUGCCUCGCCGUUUCAAAAUGAUUUGGAAAAUGGUCUCAUCUGUGGUUAAAACUUUUCGAGAGGUCUUAUUUUCUAGCAGACCUUUGAGGGCCCACAGGAAAUAAGAGCAAAGAUCGGUCCCUGUGAGAGAGGGAGCCCUGUUCACAUGCUGACGUUUUUCUCUCCCUGUCUCCCUGGCUGCACAGCCAUCCACAUGGUCACAUAUUUGCUCCGUUCGUGGCCACGGGUAAUGUCCUUGAAGAAAUAAAUCUGUUUUCUCUCUGGCAUUGCCAGGUGAAGCCAGUGAAUUCGAUAUUGUAAAUCUAGAUAUUGUACCUAUGAAAUUCUCAUCCGUUUUUCUCUCUUUUCCCAUCGAUUGUGGCAGCAGAGGUUUACAGUCGCCUCUUAGUCUGCGUUUACUUGUGCACUUUUGAAAUCACAUCACACGUGAGUUGCUGGUCCCGUCCGCGGUCGCCUGCCCUGUGUGUGGUGUGUCACCGUCGGUUAGUUUCGCCAUCUUUCACAGUUAUUUGGGGGCAGCCAGGCUGGUUUUCUGUGUCGAUAAAUUACUUAUAUAAACCUCAAUAAAAAGAAUCUGUACAAAGAGACUUACUUCGGUGUGCUGCUC